UAUUAGUUCAGCCGUACAGGAAGCAGAGUGGUCUUUUUAAUUAAUGUAACAUACAGAAGAAGCUUGCUCCAAAUCAAUGGAUUAAGGAUGACAACAUUUCUGGAUGCAUUUUCUUUGAGACCUGUACCGUUUCCUGUUCUUUCAAUCUUAGCAGUCCUAUGCACAUUCCUUUCCUUGCAAUGGUUUGUAUCCUACAAGGAAGUGGCCGAGUCGGCCAAGGAAGACUUUGGUUGGGUGCUGAUUGCCUUGCCUCUAAUCUUGCUGUUUGCGGUGCGGUGGUUGUCAAGCGCGGAGAACCUCGUAUGGCUGUCCGAUGAAGCACUGUCGUGGGACCGUCAAGGGAGGGUGACCAUAUACAACUGCUUCCCGUCCGAGGGGAUGUCGCCGUGGGCGGUGGCGGCUUUGAUUGUGAUGAUACUUUUCUUGAUUCAGUACCGGUCCUCUUUUCUUGAAACUUGGUUUUAUUGAUUGUUUAGUUAUAGAUGUAGCAAUGUAUGGAAGCCAUGUAUGGUUGCUUGAUUUACUGUUCCUCCAUUUUUUCAGGACCUGCCUAAAUUUACAAGAUUGAUAGGAAAUAAAACAUAUGGAGUGCUGCGUAUUGGAUGGUAUAUUUGUACAUACAAAGGCUUUUGAAGUCUUGAAAUCAAAUUAUCCUGUUUGAAUAAAAAAGCCAUCAUUUAUAAAAACAGCGCUACGGUUGAACAACUAUUUACC